UCGAUGUUUACGCCGCCAUCUUGGAUCCUGAGACGUGCAAUUGUUUUCUAACUAGCAUUAGCUCGGGUUCCACGCUCGCCGUUAACUCUGUUUGUAUAAAACAGUACAUGAUGGCGGACGCGCUGCUGUCGGAGGCGAGCGACCUGAGCGGAGAUGAGAGUCAGGAGGAGGACGUGCUCACCCCGGCCGAGCUCAUCUCCAGGCUGGAGGAGGCCUGGCUUAACGAGACGUUCUCUCCCGAGCUGCUGGAGAACAGAUCCGAGCUGGUGGAGUGUGUGAUGGAGCAACUCACACACAUGGAGGAGAACCUGCAGCGUGUGAAGAAGGGCGACCUGAAGGCCAGCGUUCACCGCAUGGAGAUCGACCGCAUCCGCUUCGUCCUCAGCAGCUACCUCCGCUGCCGACUGCAGAAGAUCGAGAAGUUUUUCCCUCACGUCUUGGAGAAGGAGAAAUCUCGAGCCGACGGCGAUCCCUCGUUCCUGUCUCCCGAGGAGUUCGCCUUCGCCAAAGAGUACCUAGCGAAUACAGAGAUGUACCUGAAGUCUGUGGCGCUGAAGCACAUGCCCCCUAACCUGCAGAGCGUCGACAUGCUCAAAGCAGUUCCAGAGCCGUGUCUGGACUCAUUUGUGUUCCUGCGUGUGAAGGAGAGGCAGGAGAACAUCCUUGUGGAGCCUGAGACUGAUGAUCAGAGGGAGUAUGUGGUGGACCUGGAGGAAGGCUCGCAGCACUUGAUGCGCUAUCGCACUAUAGCGCCCCUAGUGGCCAGUGGUGCGGUGCAGCUGAUUUAGCGCAAGGAAAUUAAAUGGACGCAAAAUGAGAAUGGUCAUGAUGAUGUUGAUGGUGAUGAUGAUGAAGCACUGUGUAUUAUUUUAUGUUUCAUAUGAAUUUCAAAACUAUUGUGCCUGUUAAGAAAAUGAUCUGUGUAAAAAAAAUAUAAGACAAGCUUGAAUUUUUUUUGUGUGCUUAUUUUCAGAAAUCUUUUCUGAGUUUCGUGUAAAAGGUUUCUUUAGAAAUGAAUCCAUUAAAGUGGCUGACAAGCAAGUCAUUUCACUAACAAGCUCAGAAUUACGUAUUGUACUUAAUGUAUAAUUGCUAUUAUAGAGUGAAUGAUGAGUAAAGUCUGACAAGGGUUUGAGGCAAGAAAAAAAAAAAACACUUAAUGAUUCAAGUGAUUUCCAAGAAGUUACUUACAAAUAAAAUGUUUGGGCAUAUUUUCAUAAUUUCAUACUCUAAAAACAUAGCUAAUUCUCGCUCAAAUAAUCUCAAGUUUUAAUGAGAUGUGUUAAAACAAAAGAGUUUAAUGUUUUACAUUUAUUUCUGUGUUGCUGUGGAACAGAAAAUUAAAGAUGAUGCGAAAAUA